UAUCAUCAAUUUUUUUAGAUUAUAAAUUUUUAUUUGAAAAAUGAAAUUUAUAUUUUGUGUGUUAUGGCUUUUUGUGUGGAUGAGUUCACAAGCCAAUAGUAUGAAAAACAUUCUUAUUGGUUUAGGAGAACCAAAUUCACCACCAUCAUUGAGAACAAUGAACACUGAAGACGAAUGGUUUAUACAAAAAUUAGAUCAUUUUAAUCCUACUGAUAAAAGAACGUGGAAACAGAGRUAUCAAGUAAAUUUGGAAAAUUAUAAAAAUGAUGGACCCGUGUUUUUGAUGAUUGGAGGAGAAGGAUCAAUUUCAGCUAAAUGGAUGCAGAGUGGAGCCUGGAUUGAUUACGCUAAAGAAUUUAAUGCCUUAUGUUUUCAACUGGAACAUCGGUUCUAUGGUGAAAGUCAACCAACCGAAGAUUUAAACACUAGCAAUUUAGUUUACUUGAGCAGUGAUCAAGCAUUAGCAGAUUUGGCAGAAUUCAUUGUUAAUAUAAAAUCUAAAUACAACAUACCAUCUACAGCUAAAUGGGUAGCAUUUGGAGGAUCUUACCCUGGAACUUUAGCUGCAUGGUUAAGAAUGAAAUACCCACAUCUUAUACACGCAGCUGUUUCUUCUAGUGGGCCUUUGUUAGCAAAAGUCGAUUUUAAAGAAUAUUUUAUGGUAGUAGAAGAUGCAUUAGCAACAUAUAAGCCAGAAUGCGUGUCUCAAAUAAAACAAGCAAAUCAAAUGAUCGACUAUUGUCUUAAAACCGAUCAUGGAGCUAAAAUGAUUGAAAACAAAUUCAAGUUGUGUGAUCCCUUAGACAGAAAAAAUGAAAAAGAUGUAUCGUUUUUGUUUGAAAUAUUAGCUGACAAUUUCGCAAMAAUUGUACAAUACAAUAAAGACAACAGGCAUUAUAGAAAUCCUGAACGGUCUUCCGUAACAUUAGAAACUUUGUGUGAUAUUAUGGUUAACAAAUCAAUACCAACUCCAUUAGAUAGRUAUGCAGCUGUUAACAGUAAAUUAUUAUCCUUGAAUGGAGCAGAUUGUCAAGAUAAUAUUUAUUCCCAGUUAAUUGAUUUGUAUUCAAAUACAUCUUGGAGUAGUAGUGCAGCAGAAGGAGGUUUGUAUUGUGUUUUUUACUUAUAUAAUUCGGAGCUAUUGUCAGCUGCAGUUGAUCGAACUAAUACAAUGUUUGGUGAAUUGGACAUAAGAGAUAGCCGGGUAAUAUUCAUACACGGUUCUGUUGAUCCAUGGCAUGCAUUAGGUAUUACGCAAGCAAGGACAAAAAAUAACGUGGCAAUUUUGAUAAACGGGACAGCUCAUUGCGCAAAUAUGUAUCCUCCGGCAUCUUCGGAUCUUCCGGAGUUAACACAAGCUCGUACUACGAUUAGAUCAUAUUUGAAAGAAUGGUUGGYGGAAAAUGAUUUUGUUGAUUCAGCUCAAUAAACAUAGUAUGCGAUUCAGUAAUAAAAUUCAAAUAUUUAUUUGUUGUAAUUAUAAUUAUGUUCAUAUAAAUGUACCUACACGUACGUUCAAUUUGUUUAAUGAUAUAUCCAUCAUAUAUUACAUAU